AUGUUUGUGUGUGCCGACGAGAGGGUUCCGGCACCUGUCUCGGACGGAGGAUCCGUCGAGCAACCAGGGGCGCUGAUCCCCUACGAAGGACCCUACGGCAAGUGGGGGCGCUUCGUGAAGGAGCUGAGGGACAACACCGACCAGAUACCGUUGGGGUUCGUGACCGGACAGUGCGCGAUCAUCUUCCGCGGCAAAGGAACCGGCAUCACCAAGGUGGAGAAGGUAGCAUACGACAAGCGCAUAGAUGUCUUCUUCCAGCCCAAGGCCUGGGCCGACAGCGACUUCUGCAUGCAAUUGCUGGAGCGCUCUUUUCGCCCGAGCCGAAUGGUAGACGGGAAGGUGCCCGAGGAGCAGUCGCUUCUCCUCGCCGACAACCUACACGGGCAGACGACUGAGGAAUUCCGCAAGAAUCUCCACAAGGAGUGCAACACGCUUCUUUGGCACCUGCUGGCAGGCUGUACGGACGCGGUCCAGCCGAUCGACGCCGGCUAUGGACGGCGGCUGAACGUGGCUGUGGGGGUGCAGCUGAACAAGUGGCUGGAGAGCGGAGACAACCUGUAAAAGUGGGAGGCCAAAGCACUGACGUGUUCCGAACGUCGCGUAUUGCUUACCAGUUGGGUGGCACAGGCGACCGAGGAGAUCGAUAAAGAUAAGCAAUAUCGGUUCCGCCUCUUGGAGAAAACCGGAUGUGGAAUGACGGCGGAUGGCUCUGGGGACGACAAAAUCAACCUCGAGGGCCUUUCCACAUAUAUAUUCCUUCAUGGAUAUGGAGGGUGGCGCCAGCGCUGAUGAGGAGGGCAAGGAGGAUGGGGACACCGGCAAGGUUGACGUGGACCAGCUGUCGGAGGACGCCUCUUCCAGCGAUGAUGAGAGCGACGGAGACAAUGGCAACGAUAAGGGCCCGCUGACCCAGCU